UGGGUAGGAGUCUUGCCAAGGUUCCUAGGCAAGAGCGGUGGUGGCGGUGGUGCUCUUGGGCUGGAAGCAGGUGUGAAGUGGGGUGGCUUCAGGGGAAAAUAAGAGUUCGGAGAACUAGGACCAGCUGAGAGGAGAGGGGGAGAGGCCCUCAUCAGCAGGACAGGAGUUGUCAUGGGGGCCAUGACCAGUGCAGACUCCUUGCUAUUCACAUCACUAGGCCCCAGCCCAAGUUCUGGAGAUGGUGAUUGUAGGUUUAAUGAGGAGUUCAAGUUCAUCCUGUUGCCUGUGAGCUAUGCUAUUGUCUUCGUGCUGGGCCUGGCCCUCAAUGCCCCAACCCUCUGGAUGUUCCUCUUCCGCUUUCGACCCUGGGAUGCAACAGCCACUUACAUGUUCCAUUUGGCAUUGUCAGACACUCUGUACGUGCUGUCACUGCCCACCCUCGUCUACUACUACGCUGCCAGGAACCACUGGCCCUUUGGCACUGGCUUCUGCAAGUUUGUCCGCUUUCUCUUCUAUUGGAACCUCUACUGCAGUGUCCUUUUCCUCACCUGCAUCAGUGUGCACCGCUACCUGGGCAUCUGCCACCCGCUGCGGGCGCUACGCUGGGGACGCCCUCGAUUUGCAGGCCUUCUCUGCCUAGGUGUUUGGUUGGUGGUAGCUGGCUGCCUCGUGCCCAACCUGUUCUUUGUGACAACCAGCCCCAAUGGAACCACCAUCCUGUGCCAUGACACCACUCGGCCAGAGGAGUUUGACCACUAUGUGCACUUCAGUUCAGCAGUCAUGGUGCUGCUCUUUGGCUUGCCCUUCUUGGUCACUCUGGUCUGCUAUGGACUCAUGGCCCUGCGACUGUGUCGACCUUUGCCGGGAGCUGGACAGUCAUCUUCUCGGCUCCGUUCUCUUCGCACCAUCGCUGUAGUGAUGACUGUCUUUGCUGUCUGCUUUGUGCCUUUCCACAUCACCCGCACAAUUUAUUACCUGGCAAGGCUGUUGAAAGCUGACUGCCAGAUCCUGAACAUUGUCAAUGUGGUUUACAAAGUGACUCGGCCCCUGGCCAGUGCUAAUAGCUGUCUGGAUCCAUUGCUCUAUUUGUUCACCGGAGACAAAUAUCGACACCAGCUCCAGCGACUGUGCAGAGGUAGUGCACCCCAGCGCCGAAUAACUGCCUCCUCCCUGGCAUUGGUGACCCUACAUGAGGAAAGCAGCAACAGGUGGGCAGACACCCACCAAGACAGUAUCUUCCCUGCCUAUAGGGAAGACAGAUUAUAACCCUGGGCACUGGUUGUGAAAGGAAGGAACAGAGGGGAGAGAGUUGGUUAGUGGUGACCCCUGAUAAGGGCAUCAGCCGCCCUCUUUUUAGCCAAAGUUUGGAAUAGUUACUCCUCUACCUCUACUUUUUUCUCUUUUUCUGUCCCUUCCUGGGGCCAACAGAAAACAAUCCUGUUUCUGGAGCCUGGAACGUUUCCUUGGUGCUCUAUGCCCUUUUUACUUCUUGAACCACAUUAGAGAAUUCAACUAGAGGUGUGAAGAAUGGGGUGAUCUCAAGACUGGCCUGAUGUAUAUAAUAGGGUAAACCAGAAUCAGGAAGCUGAGAUGCUAGUAGAUCACAGAUGCCAUAUAUGCCAUAGCAUCCACACCCACUUCCUGGCUUCCUCUCAAAGACAGGCUAGCCUUACCUGCCAAGGUGCUGAAAUAGGGUUCAAGCCCUGGUAGCCUGCCUGGCAAAGCCUCACAUGGCAGCUAGAAGCCUGGUGCGGUUGAACUGCUGAACAGCCACAAAGCAGAGUACUAGGCUUGAGCGGUGACCCCAAGGAGCCUCAGGCGGCAGGGUCCAGGUUGAUAGCAGCCUUGGAAACGAAACAGGAAUGAGACUAGAUCCACCUCUCUGACUGCUGAGAACAUAUUUGAUAGCUCCCAUGUGCUUAAUGAAAGAAGGAGUGGACAGCUCUGACUGAGAAGGAAGAAAACCUGUAGAGUCCAUGGUUCCAAGUUCUAGUAGCGAUGAGCAGAGCAGGUUUGUGCAGGAUAGGGUGGUGACAUGAAUAGUUGCCCAGAACUGGUCUCUCUCCUUUCUCCAGCUCUAGUUAGAUAAAAGAUAAACCUGUCACCAGCUCUUUUUUGAAUCAGGCUAUAGGACUUCAAGGCCAGGGUGGAGCACUCAGUUUCCUACCUGAUCAGUCCUCUUACCACAGCACUUAUGGCCUUGGAGGAUCUGAUGGGUGUAUGGAGCUGGGGAAAUUAACCCUUGAACCUGAGCAGUAAGAGUUUCUGAGUGGGCAUUCAUGAGAAGAGAAAUCUCUUUUCAUCUUCUUUUCCAUGAAAUCACCUCAUAGCCUAUUAGUCUUCUGAGUCAGACGCCAGUGUUUGCUGACUUUUCUGACCCCUUACUCAUCUACUGAAACCAAAUUCCUAUUGGCUUCUCAUUGUUCUCUCUGGCUCCAGAGAGUAGGGAAGCAAGACACUAGACUGCAGAGUAAAACAACUUAAUCUUACUGCCCCUCUGUCCUCCUUUCUGGUCUUUAAAGGGAUCUCUCUCCCUUGGAACACAAGAGUUCUUCUGUUAGGAGUAAAUUAACUGGCCUUUUUUAUUCUUACCAUGUUCCCACUCGUAUGACCACAGCUCUCUUGCCUGUCACCUCUCCUACCCAUUGGCCCCACACAGUAAAAUUAUUCUCUUCCUUAUAACUCAUUCAAGCUCCUCCAUUGUUAAGCCAUAACGCCAAGCUGCUUAGUCAAGACUAACCUCCUGGACUUUAUUCACAUUCUACUACUUUAUCCUUUCCCGUCUUUCCCCAGGCUCUCACUGUGAACCUCUAUCUAGCCUCAAACUAGCUUCAGAGACCUGGAUGAAAUUGAACUCAUAGAUAUCCACCUGUCUUUUUGCCUACAGAGUGCUGGGAUUAAAGACAUAUGCCACCAGGCUGGGUAAACGUCUCAACUUCUCUAUGCUUCAUUCAUAUCUGCUUAGUCUUCAUCAUGUCCUUCUUCAUGGUCCCUGAAUGGCAGACCUUGUUCCUUUCUUUCUUUCUCUUCAUCUUUGUCAGUUAGUUCCAUCAAUGAUUUUAUACCAUCAUAUAGAAAAGACAUAAGCACUGCCUUAACUUUGCUUUCUCAUCUCGCCACCAUCUGUAAGUCUCUUUUCAUUCUACUACUGCUAUAGACUCCACUUACAGAAUCUCUAUGAACUCUCCAUAUCUGAGUUCCUCCCACUCUUCUGAACUCAGAACACAAAUGGCUUCUUUGGCAAGAACUUCAAUGCUAUUUUCUCUACUCUUAUCCCUCUUUGACCUCUCUACUUCAGUUGACUCUAAUGCCUGUCUUUUAUAGUUUAUUUGUUUGUUUGUUUUGAGACAGGGUUUGUCUGUGUAGCCUUGGCUGUCCUGGGCUCACUUUGUAGAGCAGGCUGGCCUUGAAUUUAGAGAUCCUCCUGCCUCUGCCUCCCAAGUGCUGGGAUUAAAGGCAUGCACCACUACCACGAACCUGCUAUUUUGUAGGUUUGUUUUUAUGAAAAAUAUAAAAACAACAUUCUAACCAAUCUCAUUGUGACAACACUGAAAGGAAAUGUGAAGAGAAAAUACUCACCUAUUUCAAACCCAUAUUUCCAUUUUUCAUACUAUGUUUUCUUGGUUUGGACUCAUGUAUUAUAGAAGUAUAACCACAGUAUAUAUACCUUUUAAAAGUGUGUUGUUUUAGGGUAUUUAAGGUAUGAUGAUAUAUGCCUAUAAUCCCAAGAGCUGGUAGUUGAGGUAAGAGGGUCAUAAAUUUGAAGCCAUCUUAGGCUACAUAGUGAGAUCUUGGCUCAAAACAAACAAAUAAGUAUAAUCCUCUUAUUGUAAACUUUCUCCAGGAUCAUGUAGUCUUUCACAUUUAUUAUUUCAAUAGUUACAUAAAAUUCCUUCCAUCGGUAGAUUAUAUCUUAUUAAAUAUUUCCUUAUUAUUGACCACUUAGGUAGCUUACUUUUUCUGUGCUUUGAAUAUGUUCCUGUUCGUGGCUUUUUUUUCUUAUUUGUAAUUCUCUCUCUAGUACAAGUUCUCAGGAGUGAGAUUACCAGACCAAAGAGCAUGAAUGUUUUUAUGGAUUGCGAUUUUUCAAAAGGAUUGCAUAAAUUUUUACUGUCACUAUGAUAUAUGGCUAUCCUAGUUCCAUUGCAGUUUCAGCUUCAGACUUUAUAGGAAAUCGUUCUGGAUGGUAAACAUUCAGUUUGUUAAUUUCACGUCUUUGCUUACUUGUGGCAUUGAACACUUUUUAGUGUUUACUAUUUGCAUUAUUCUUCAGCUACUCUUUAGUGGUGUACUUCUAUUGAAAUAUGAUAUUUAUUUAAUAGAUGUAUUAUCAUUGGUCAUAUUUGACAUAUUUAACCCAUUUGUUACAAUAACUCUAUUUCCUUAUUUCACAGCCUAGAUUUAGAAUCUCUUUCCUUCUGCUUUUUGUAGAUUACUUCCUCUCUCUCCUUUGCUGCCAUCUAUUUGUCAGACUCUCCACAUGCGAGGGUUAUUUAAUCCUCUAUUGAUUAUCAGGUUGUUGUGUUUUUUUUUUUUUUUUUUUUUUUUUUUUUUUUUUUUUUUUUCUGGAGAGAAUAAAUAGCAGGUAAGUACAAUUCAAGUGACUUUUAGUUCUUAAGAAUGCCUCAGAGAUCAUACAGGGCUUGGGUUUCUCUUCAUUUUUCAGUUGAAGAAUCAGCUGGGUAAGAUGCCAUUCUCCAUAAUGGCAGGUAGAAACUAGACCCUGGACUGCUUUCCCAUGACUCCUCAAAUUCUACUAUGUCAACUUGGUGCUAAGCCAGACUUUGUCCCUCUAAACCUCAAUUGUCUACUGGUAGGUUCACUUAAAUCUUCCAUUGUUGCUUCUAAUCCAUAAUAGAGAAAGAAAGAAAGAAAGAAAGAAAGAAAGAGAGAAAGAAAGAGAGAAAGAAAGAAAUUGCCUGAACCAGUUCUCCUACUUAUCUUGCUCAUUUCUAUUCUUUGUACCUUUCUUAAAGCCUCUAAAGCUCCUGGGAAAGUCCACUCUUUCCUAUCUCAUCAUGUUCUAACAUUCCUGUCUUUGCCAGUUGUAAUUGGCUUUCUUUUAUGGUCCUCAUGCUACCAUUCUAAUACUGCCUCUUUCCGCCUUCAUAGGUUUCUGUCUCAUCCUUACGUUCAGCCACCUUCCACACUAAUGCAAUCUGUCUAAUGCUACCCUCAUAGUUUCACUCUUUUAGACAACUUUGAUGAUUUUUGUUGUCUACUAGUCAAAAUACUUUAGGCAGAAAUUUAAGAAAGUUUUAUCAAUCUUCCAUUCUCCCUCAAUACAAAUUUCUCUUCUCUAGGUUUUUGGGUUUGCUGAUUUGUUUUGUCUGUGUGUAGUGCUUGGGACAGAGCCUAAGAUCUUGCUCUUGUACCAUUGAGCUGCAUUUCUAAAUUUCUCUGGGCAAAUCAGUCUCUUUCGUCCCUCUCCAGAAAAUACUUAACAUUUUCUUACUCUGUACUUUCAUUGUCUGUCCUCUGUACUGAAAUGUAUGUCCCCUCCACCCCUAGUUGUCCUUUUCCUACCUAUUUUCCAAGGGCCAGGCUUAGGUCUUACAUAUUUUCUGAGAUCCUCUCUGCCAAUUUUUAUCAACAGUGAUCUCCCUAAUAUUUUUUCUGCAAUUACUGUCCAUAUCAGUCAGUUGACACGUUUUAACAUUUCUUGAAAUUAUGUACACUAAUUUGAACUGUCAGUUAAUUAUUCAUGCAUGCUUGUCUUGUGUACCCCACCUGUAAACCUCGAACUAAUGUAAUAUAAAUAAAAGAACACAGAUUGAUUAUCAGAACAUCCUAGCUCUCAAAUCUGAAAAUGGGGCUCAAGUGUGUUGCCUUGGAUGAGUCACUCAAAUUCUUCAAGCCAUAAUUUCACCAUGUAUGAAAUGAAGAGCAUAAUCUCAGCUUAAUAGAAUUCUUCAGGUUAUAGUGAGGUUGUGCAAAGCUAGGAUGCUAGGCAAAUAUAAAUAGCUGUCUUCAUACUAUUCUAUUUGUUUAAUAAAUAGUGCUUAAUAAAUAUUUAAUGUAU